UUCAGUGCAGGUCCUGACAGAGCGCCGGGGGAGUCGGCGAGCAGGAGAGCAGGCAAGCUAAUAGCCAGAGCCUAACAAUAGCUACAGGACUUAGCUACUGAACUGAAUUCCCGAAGGGACACUCAGGCUGCGCCCCCUCUUCUGGCCUGGCGCAGUUCUGGGCUGAUUUGAGAGGGCAUACUGGUCAGGACUCUUCAAGAGGAGCUGCUGAGUGUCGGUGUCCCAACAGAGUGGCUACCCUCCGCCCACCUCGGCCUAGGGGGCUGCGAAAAGAGGAGCCGCCACGAAAACAACUGUUCCCAUGGCCCCUCAGGUGCCUGGAAUUGGACACCGGGCUGGGAACAAAAAUCCUUGCUUUUGCCUUGUCCAAUUUUCACAGCACGUAUAUUGACAAUUGGAAUCCUGGGCCAAUCAAGAGUCGCAUUCAAAGUGGUACUUCUGGGAUCUCCAUCCCACACUCCAACAAGUCUAAUUUGAGAGUAGAAGAGAGGAGCCUCCAGCUCUAACUACUAGAUCUCCCAUCUGGAAUUGGACUUGACAGCUCUCCUCACCAGUACUUGGACUGCAGUGGCUACAGGGUUCUCUUGGGAUGUGGGGGUGGGAGGUACUCUGAAGACCAAACCAAGACCAAACAUCGACUCAACAAUGGACCGAGUUUAUGAAAUUCCAGAGGAACCAAACGCGGAUCCGAUUUCAUCCCUGGAGGAAGAUGUCAUCCGUGGGGCCAACCCCCGAUUUACCUUUCCGUUUGGCAUCCUUUUCUCCACCUUUUUGUACUGUGGGGAGGCUGCAUCUGCCUUGUACAUGGUUAGAGUCUAUCGAAAGAAUAGUGAAACCUACUGGAUGACAUACACCUUUUCCUUCUUUAUGUUUUCAUCCAUUAUGGUCCAGUUGACACUCAUUUUUGUCCACAGAGAUCUAGCCAAAGAUAAGCCACUAUCAUUGUUUAUGCAUCUAAUCCUCUUGGGACCUGUUAUCAGAUGUUUGGAGGCCAUGAUUAAGUACCUAACAUUGUGGAAGAAAGAAGGGCAGGAGGAGCCCUAUGUCAGCCUCACCCGAAAGAAGAUGCUAAUAAAUGGCGAGGAGGUGCUGAUAGAAUGGGAGGUGGGCCAUUCCAUCCGGACCCUGGCUAUGCACCGCAAUGCCUACAAACGUAUGUCACAGAUCCAAGCCUUCUUGGGCUCAGUGCCCCAGCUGACCUAUCAGCUCUAUGUGACCCUGAUCUCUGCGGAGGUCCCCCUGGGUAGAGUUGUGCUAAUGGUCUUUUCCCUGAUAUCUGUCACGUAUGGGGCUACCCUCUGCAAUAUGUUGGCUAUCCAGAUCAAGUACGAUGAAUACAAGAUUCGCCUUGGGCCACUAGAAGUCCUCUGCAUCACCAUCUGGCGGACGUUGGAGAUUACUUCCCGCCUCCUCAUUCUGGUGCUCUUCUCAGCCACCUUGAAACUGAAGGCUGUGCCUUUUUUAUUGCUCAACUUUCUGAUCAUCCUCUUUGAGCCCUGGGUUAAAUUCUGGAGGAGUGGUGCCCAGAUGCCCAAUAAUAUUGAGAAAAAUUUCAGCCGAGUUGGCACCCUGGUGGUGCUGAUUUCUGUUACCGUCCUUUAUGCUGGCAUCAAUUUCUCUUGCUGGUCAGCUUUGCAGCUGAAGUUGGCAGACAGGGACCUUGUUGAAAAAGGUCAGAACUGGGGACAUAUGGGCCUGCACUAUAGUGUGAGAUUGGUAGAGAAUGUGAUCAUGGUCUUGGUUUUUAAGUUCUUUGGAGUGAAAGUGUUACUGAAUUACUGUCAUUCCUUGAUUGCCCUGCAGCUCAUUAUUGCUUACCUAGUUUCCAUUGGGUUCAUGCUCCUUUUUUUCCAGUACUUGCAUCCAUUGCGCUCACUCUUCACCCACAAUGUAGUGGACUACCUCCACUGUGUCUGCUGCCACUGGCACCCUCGGGGCAGGGUUGAGAACUUGGAGCCAUCCUUUGAUGUUGAAGCAAGGCAAAGCAUUGUCUAAUUCUGUCUUCUGGGUAUUUGGAGAUGGAUUGGGGGUGACCAAGAGCAGCUGUGAAAUUGAAAGAGAGAAUGAGGCUUUUGGGUGAGUACUCACCUGGACAUUUUCUUGAGUUUUCUAGUAAGCCUAUCAGAAGAAAGAGAAGCCCCCAAAUGGGUUUUAUUUUAUUAAGAUUGAUUGCUAUGUUUGGACACCAUGGUAGCCACCAUAUACCCAGAAGGGUCAGAGAUACCAUUUACAUUCCUCCCACCUACGUCAUCUGUCUGCCUGCCCUACAGGAUAACACACUUUAGGCUCUCUGUGAUCCUCUAGCUCUGCUCAUUUGCUUGAGGCAUUACUGAGCUUUUCUCAUGCUGAGCUGAAGCCAGAAUCUCACCAGAAAGUAUCCUAAUUGAUCAGAGAAUGUGACGACUUACUAGCUAUGGAUACUCCCCAGAAUAUAGUCUAACUAAUGUGGAACCUAUAACUGUAAGCGUGGCUGGGGUCUUUUAAUUCCAAAAAGAAGAAAACCUCCACUAAUAAAAGAGCUUCUCCCCAGAUGAGUUACCUCCCCAUUAGGAUUUUACUAGUGAUUAUUCAUCAAAAACCUGUCUUUUCAGUGGCCCUUACUAGGCACACUCUGAGAAGGGAGUGCAGAGUAAGAUUCCUUCAGGGCAUAUGCCACAAUGAGCUUUUCUCAGGGACCUGCAUGGGCCUCCAUUUUGUCCAGUGGAGUGGUUGAGUAAAACCUCUCACUUUGUGCCUCAUUAUAUGGGAUUCUCUCCAACCCAGUUUUUCUGUGUUUUUGGAGUUUUGCUACUUGAUAUGGGCCUCAGAGAAGCCGAACUGUAAUUAAAAAAUGUUUCUAAUAUGUGGAAGAAAUGAAGAUUUCAUUAUGUC